AUGCUAAUGCUAAGGCAGUCUUCGGGAGUCGGGAUGAGGACCGAUGAGCCUCGGGUGUGCGGAGAAACAGAGGAGAUUGCUGUUUAUGAAAACGACGCGGAUGUUCUGCGGAUCUCUAACAGAUCUCAAGUCUCUAUAGGAAUAAUCGAAGUUUUGAAAUCAUGGACAUCACCUAAACAAUAUGAGACAGCAAUAAUGAGUGUUGCCUGUUAUGCAAAGAUUCAUGGUUAUGACUUCCACAUUUUGAAGGACACCAGCUACAACGAGCAGUGCUUACAAAAAGAUGCAAGUUUUUUGAGGCACUGUAUAGCUGCAAAUGCGUUAAAAGAUUACGAUUACGUUCUAUUUUUGGACUCCGAUAUUGGGGUGGUGAACCCUAAAAGGCGCAUAGAAGAGUUUAUCGAGCCACAGACAAAUAUAAUCUUUUACGAUCGAUUCUAUAAUUGGGAAGUCAUGGCUGGGAGUUACUUGGUAAAGAAUUCAAGCUGGUCGCGUGAUUUUCUCAAUGGUUUUGCAAAUUACGAAUCUCGACUUCCAAAGCCGGAUCAUGGGAGUGAUAAUGGAGCCUUGCAUGCUUAUUUGGGUGAAAUAUUGGCACCACAUUCCAGUCUAUUCAAAACAUGUCUAUUGAUAUACAAAGCUGUCAAAGGACAAGGAUCACUUUUCUUAUAUGAAGCAUGUAUCCGCGAGGCUUUAGGAAACACAACCCAUUUUGGGAAUAUCACAAUCUUACCUAAGGGCGCUGGAUGGGCGCGAGAUCCUAGAGUAACGAAUAGUAAAUGGUGCAGAGAAUUUGAUUUCAUGAUGCAUAAUUGGAAAACCAAAACUGAGAAGAGGCAAAACAGCAGGUUCCAUCCCAUAAGCGCUCCUACUGGACAGAACUUUUUUGUAUGGUAUAAUCCUUUCUUUGGCAAGUUCGACUUGAAUUUGUGUUCGCCAAGGAAUUUUACAUGGAACUACGUCAACACCUUAAUGGAGACACCGGAUUCGGUCAGAGCACAAAUGGAAACCUACAAGCACAAGGUUGAAGCCUUGAAAACAAACCUGCUCAAAACCCUCUCAAGGAUUCAUCAUCUAACAGCUUCUGAGGCAGGAAGAAAGGACAUUCGACUUGAGUUAGGGAAAAUCUUGUCGUCAAUUAAUGAGACGUGGGAGUCAUACGUGAUCUAA